AUGUCACCAGUAGGCACUAAUACAAUAAUACACAUAUUGUUACUACUGAAAUAUUCCCCUGAUUGUGUGGCAAUAAGAUCCGGUAGUCAUUUUACAUUGGCUAAUUUGGGACAAUAUCCCCCCCAAAAUAAUAAUCCAUACUCUUGCAAAUUUAGUAGGCUCAAUUUGGCAAUAGGGGGAGACGUAGCAAGAUUAUCUAAUGGCAAAGGCGUGUUAAUUGUUAACGAUAAUAAGCUUGCCAGUUUAGUGAAAUCUCAUCUUAGCAUUGCUGGUAUAAUUAAUUAUGUAUACAGGGCUAAUGAUGGGCAAAGUAUUGCUGGUUUUGUUUGGGAUACUUUCAAUUUAUACGGCAAAGGAGACAUUCCCAGCAAUAUAAGCGUUGUUGUUGGUUGUAAUUUGACUAAUUUACAGUAUUUUUGGUGGAAAAUUAAGUGUUUACUCAACAAUUUGGUACUAAUAACGGCUGAUUGUUACAACUCAAACUGUACAGUAUCUAAUCACGCAAAUUGUUCUGAUAAUUGGUCAGUGAUUCGAGGUUUAUCCAAAUCAAUUGGUUAUAUAUUUUCUAAAAAUGACAGUUCAAUAUUAGCUACUGAACUAACAGCUAGUAUCGUUGCUUGUGAAUCAAUAAAGUCAAUAACUAACACUUUGGAACCUAUAAAAACUCCAUGGAAUAAGAAAAUUGAAACCCCCCAAAGUAGACCAAUAAAUAUACUUUUGAUUGGUGCAGGUGCAGUUGGAUGUGAAAUGGUCAGAAUGUUGCAGCAGAUGGGAUUUCUGGCGCCUGGUUCCAAACUUACUGUUGUGGAUUUUGACAUAGUAGACACUGUUAAUCUUAGCACUCAACUUGUAUAUAAUGAGGAGGACGUUGGUAAGGACAAAGUUGCUGCUAUUAAGAAGUACCUAACUAGAUCUUCCAUCUAUUUGGAUAAACCUGACUAUUUAACUGGGAAGGAUCUGGACAUUUGCACCAUAUCUGCAAAAUUCGAUGGGAAUACUGCAAAAAAAAUUUUCUCUGAUUGGAUAAAAUCUUGUCUCAGUAACAAAAGGGAUAAACUGAUCAUUGCAGCAGUUGAUAAUUUUAAGGCUAGAAUGCUAAUCGAUCGUUAUUCAUUGCUGUAUCAGAUACCAUUGCUUGAGAUAGGUAUUGAUGGUACUAAGGGUAGUAGCAGCAUAUCAAUACCAUAUUUGACUGACCCUUACAGCUCAAUGCCAGGGAGUGACUCUACUUCUAAUGCAUCAUGUUCUGUAAAGGGAAUACCAAAUGACACGAAUGAUACGGCUAUGUUUGGGAAGCUAGUUGUCACAAAUUUGCUAUUCAAGGGUAACAACUUCGAUCAAACAAGUUCACAACUUAGGAAUACGAUAAUGACACUUUUCCCUCUGAAUAAUGAAGAUUGGUUUAUUGAUGAAGUUGAGAGUGUUUUAUCACUAUCACUUGAAGUACAAAAUGGAUAUAUAAAAAAAUACAGUGAUAAUGAAGAUGUAAAUAAUUACCUACAAAAGAGCGAUAAAUCUCGUCUUCUGAUGGUUAAAUUGGCAAAUUUAAGGGCCAGAGUCUUUGGUUUGGAACCAAAUAAUACUGAAACGAUUUUGGCAAUGAUAGAUAAUAUAGUACCUUCGGCUUCAUUUACAACUAGCUCAAUAGUGGCUUUGGCCCUCAGUAACCUUACUGGCUUCAAAUAUGAAAAAACUGCAGUCCCGUGGUUUAGGGAAUAUCGCAAUAACGAUUACAAAUUAAGUUGUGACAAAGGUAUCAUGACUCUUUAUCGCAAGGAUAAGCCUAUGCUUUGGUUGAAGAUGCAUAAAUAUAAACGAUUUUUCCCAAUAAAAAACAAUUAUUUCUGGUACUUUCUAAAUUUGGCUAAUUGUAAUUUUACACCAGUUGCGGCACCGGAAAUUGAAGUUUGGUGGCCAAGUCGAAAGUCUUUGUUUGGCAAAACACGUAUUGGGUUGUCUGUGUGGGAUGUAUUUAACCCAUCCACAUAUGAAAUGACGCUAAAUGAUUUGGCAUUGUGCUAUGAGGAAAUGUUUAGAGUCCGAAUAGUUGGAUUUGUCAGUUUGGCAAAUAAUAUGGAGGAUCAGGUUUUGCAACUAGAUGAUACUAAAUUGUGUCAGUUGGCGGAUUGUCUAGGAUUACGUCCAAUUGCCAAAAUGGAUAAUCAGAUUAUUCAAUUGCCGGAUACUUUAUUGGAUUAA